GCUGAUCGUUCAAUAUUCAUGUUUAGCAGGGUAUCGAGUGUGUGUGUGUGUAAAAGUGCUGCGAGUGUCUCACUAUCUAGCCACGUGGGACGCACUGCAUCUCAGCAAAACAUCCGACUCGGUAGAACGCGAUAAGCCUGUUCUGACUAAAGGCGGAAGAAGCACUAUUAUUCAUUUUAACGCUGUGUACCAUUAUAGCACGGUAUCAUGUUAGUGUGUUUUUGUUGAGUAAAGCAACGGGAGACAGAGAGAUAGAGAGAACGUGUAUGUGUGUGUGUGUGAGAAGAUCGUGAAGGAAUGUGUUCCGAAGAGUUGCGUUCAAUCGGCGCUAACUGUAGGGUCCUGUUUGUCUCCUCUCCGACAGAUGCGUGACAUCGAUCAAACUAUCCGUAACGUAAUCGUACAGACCAGUGCCUAACCGAAACCGAGGGAAGUAGCUACAAGCAGCAAACGAGGGACAAGCAGAACUUGCAGCACAAGUAUCGGAUUGCAGUUUCGGCCAUACAGACGUCACGCACCCGCAAGAAACGGCGAUCGAAAUGACACACGGACCACCGGCAAGCCGCAAACGGCAACAGCAACAGAUCGACAGUGACAUCGAGCAAAGUGCCACCGAGGUGAACAAUGGGUUACCAACACCGCCGGACGGUGGUUGGGGCUGGAUGGUGGUGUUGGCCUCGUUCAGCAUUCAUAUCAUCACUGACGGUUUAACGUAUUCGUUCGGCAUCUUCUACUCCGAGUUCCUGGCGUACUUCAACGAGGGCAAAGGCUAUACGGCGUGGAUCGCAUCAAUUUUGGUAGGCGUCACACUAUGCUCAGGGCCGAUCUCGUCCUCGCUGGUCAACCGGUAUGGGUGCAGGUCGGUUACGAUUGCUGGGGCACUGCUGGCUAGUGCUUCGCUGGCGGUGAGCAGAUACGCGACCAGCGUAUUCAUGCUGUUCAUCACGAUCGGUGUCGGUACGGGGCUAGGGCUCGGUUUGAUCUACCUGCCCGCCAUCGUGAGUGUGACGAUGUACUUCGAAAGACUGAGAUCCCUGGCGACCGGCAUUGCGGUGUGCGGUUCCGGCCUAGGGACAUCCAUCUUCGCCCCACUCACGGACGUGCUGAUACAGAAAUUCCAAUGGCAGGGUGCACUGCUGGCGAUCGCCGGUAUCGUGCUGAUCUGUGUUCUCUUCGGUCUGAUGUUCCGGCCGCUCGUACACGAACCGACCACCGGGAAGGAACUGCAGGAGCUUCCACAACAUUCCAGCGCUGAUCAGAGUAAUAGCUUGAAACCAACCACGGCCAACGCUAGCGAGAGUAAUCUGAAACGCUCCAACAGUCAUGGUAAUGUGGAGGCACCUAAAAUAGAUCUCAAUGCGAACGGACACUCAGUGAGCGGGCAUAACUUAGACAAGCAUGCACGCACCACACCGACCGAGGAAGCGAAACGGCUAGGACUUAGUCAGCCUCUGCUAACAGCACCGGAGCAGCAGGUUGCGUUGAAGCGUACCGAGAGCGGUACCAUGUACCGGAAGGAUGCACUCUACACCGGUUCCGUGCACAACAUCGCAUCGCGCCACACAUCCCAGGCAAACCUUUCCGUCUACGAGAAGGGUAGCUACGGAUCGGUACAGGGCAACGGACUUCACCGGACGGUGGGUGAACCGGACGCACCGGAACGGUGUUGCGGAUGUAUACCGUGCUCGCGCGAAACCUGUGACACCUUCCGCGAGAUGAUGAACUUCUCCAUCAUGAAGGAUCCGAUCUUCAUCAUCUUCACCGUGUCGAACUUUCUCACGAGCGUCGGUUUUAACGUACCGUACGUGUACCUGGCCGCGCAGGCACAGGUACUGGGCAUUGGGUCGCAGGAUGCAAGCUAUCUGCUCGGUAUUAUCGGGAUCGCCAACACGGUCGGACGUAUCGUGCUCGGGUAUCUGUCGGACAAGACGUGGGUUAACCGGCUGUUCGUCUACAACUGCUCGCUAGCGGUGUGCGGUAUUGCAACCGCCCUGUCCGUGUUCUGUGUAGACUUCUACUGGCUCGCGGUGUACUCGGCUGUGUACGGUUUCACCAUCGGUGCAUACGUCGGACUAACGUCCGUCAUUCUGGUCGAUCUGUUGGGGCUCGAGAAGCUAACGAAUGCGUUCGGGCUGUUGUUGCUCUUUCAAGGCAUCGCCUCGUUCGUGGGACCACCGAUUGCAGGAUGGCUGUACGAUUACACACUUUCCUACGGUCCUGGCUUCAUUAUGGCUGGUACGACGAUCGCCAUCAGUGGUGCGAUGCUGUUCGCCAUCCCGUCCCUGCAGCGAUAUCUCGCCCGUCGUCACAACGCCGCCACUACCGUGGGCAUUCCGUUAGAGUAGCAACACCAAUGUGCCACAGGGAAGGGGGAAAAAAACCCCGCAGCGGAAAAGGGGAGCACGUUAUGCUAGCUUCCCUUUACACAACUUCCAUCAUAGCGUUCGAUGCUUCCCCAUCUCGGAUUAGUGUCACCGUUCCGGGUGGAAAUCUAUUUUGUUUUUCUUACCUCAUUUACUACUGUGUACCGAUUAGAUGAUAAGCGUUUAGCUAGAGUGCGUAAGGAGACGGUUACGUGCUUGAAAGUGCACUAAAACCAGUUACUCUCCAGUUUUGGUUAGGAUUUUUUAGAGCUUUUUUUUUGGUUUCUGUUUUCAUCUUUUUGUUUGCCCUAAUUUUGUUCGAAAUAAAUUUUACAAUUACAAAAAAUGUUUUAA